AUGAUGCCCUCGGUUAAACAUCGCUUGGAGGAAGUUGUGCCCAAGAAAGAAGAACAAGAACAAGAAGUAAUUGAAAGCAGUCAGUUGUGUCCUCGUUGCCCCAAGUACUCAGACGACAGCAAAUAUCCCAAAGACAAUUGGGUCGAAUGCGAUCAUUGCAAACAAUGGUACCAUGAUGAAUGCGUGGGGACGUCACCGCAAGAAUUGGAACAGCUUGCAAAGUUCCAUUGUGCCAAUUGCAUUAACUUGGCAGGGGAAUCAGUGAAGAAAAGAAUAUCAUCGAGGAAAAAAACGAAAAUAGACUAUGUUGCCCUUAACGAAGGAGGCAGUAACACUAGCGUUGUCAAGGGACUCCAUCCCCACAUUUCACGACUAGUGAAUUAUAAUCAUGAUAAUGGGAUCGAUUUAACAGACGGCCAUUCCUAUUUCUAUCAAUUAUGCGGUAAAGAAGUAACCCUUGAAUUCAUGCGGAGAAGUGGUUUUGAUAAGCCAAUUUAUAUACCGAAGCAAUCCCUCGAAGGUAUCGAGAUGAAAAUGCCAUCGGAGUUGACGGUCUCCCAAGUUGCAGAAAUCAUUGGCGAAACCAAACCAAUCGAAGUAAUGGAUGUCCUCACUCAGGACAGCUUGAAAGGAUGGCUGGUGAAAGAGUGGAGAGAUUAUUUUAAUAAUAGUGACGAUAGAGAUAGAAUACACAACGUGAUCUCGCUAGAGGUAUCGGAGAGUCCAUUGGAUGAUCAGAUUACACGACCAAGAGUGGUUGAACAAUUAGAUAUAAUAGACAAAGCAUGGCCGGUGGAUAUCCUUGAUAAGAGAACUUCGGUUUCUAAAUACUGCUUGAUGGGGGUGAAGAACUCAUAUACCGAUUUCCAUCUUGAUUUUGCAGGAACCCAAGUGUAUUAUAAUGUUAUUAAGGGCCAAAAAAAAUUUUUAUUAUUCCCACCAACCAAACUGAACUUGAGAAAUUAUGUGAAAUGGUCGUUAUUGGACAAUCAGAAUACCGUCUUUUUCCCCGAUUAUUUGCGGGAUCAUGCCAGAACCGGCAGAAAUAAAGAGAAUAACCAAGGGUUUACCAUCACCUUAAAUGAGGGAGAUUUGAUGCUAAUUCCAUCGGGCUGGAUCCAUGCAGUUUUCACUCCGGAGGAUACCGUGGUGAUUGGUGGUAAUUUUUUGACGAUUAUGAAUAUGGAAACGCAACUAGAGGUGGUGCACAUUGAAAAGUUGACGAAAGUUCCAAUGAAAUUUUCUUUUCCAAAAUUUCAACAGUCAAUGUGGUUUGUAGCGAAAUAUUUAAUGGAUAAUGAUGAGGAAUUGUCAAAAAAGGAAAUUAGUGGUUGUCAGCAUUUGGCUCGGUAUUUGCUGAGCUUAUUGGAUUUAACUAACGGUUGUUGCUUUGAUAUAAAUGAGAAAAAAAGAAUUAAAGCUAAUAUACCAAAAAAAUAUAUUGGGGAUCCCCAAAUAUUUGUUAAGAAUUUUAAUGAGUUUGCAAAAGGGUUAAAUGACAAAAGUGAUAAGAGAGACUGCUAG